AUGAUUUUCUCGCAAUUGAAACAAACAAUACGUCAAAGUAAUGAUGGAUAUAGUGGUCAACAACUGAUCCAAUGGUUAGAUCUCGAGGAAGACCUAAACAAAGAGGCGUAUCUUCUGUCGGGCGGAACACUCAGACGAUUGGUUUUGGCGAUGGCUUUCGUCGGACGCAACCGAACCUUAAUAUUAGACGAACCGACGGCUGCUUUGGAUCCCAGAGUCAGGCGAAAGGUCUGGGAUCUGAUCCUUGACUCAAGAAAAACUAAAUCACUUUUAAUUACUUCUCAUGACUUCGAAGAAGCGAAUAAACUUUCGGAUCAGAUCUACAUUAUAUCCGAAGGAAAGACGAACCGACGGCUGCUUUGGAUCCCAGAGUCAGGCGAAAGACGGGAUGUGAGGGAAGAGAGAGAAAGGAUAUCACAAGUGAUAAGAAGCGGAGACUUUGAAAGCUAUUCACUAAUUGUCGACAAAUUGACAAAACGUCUAAACAAGAGGACAGUUAUGCCAAAUGGGGUGUCAUUUGUGGUGAAAAGGGGUGAAUGUAUGGGUUUAUUGGGUUUGAAUGGUUCGGGAAAGACAUCACUGUUUCGGGUAUUGACUGGAGAUCUGGAGACAGAUUCUGGGAAUGUAUGGAUGGCCUCAAAGAGUGGA